AUGGCGGCACUAGGAUUAAUUGGAAAAAUUGACCCCUUCGAUGAGACAAUCGAACCGUGGGAAAGUUACGUUGAGCGCUUUGAACAGUACUUCGAAGUCAACGAAAUAGAUGCAGGAAAGAAGGUACCGUCGUUAUUAUGUCUUAUUGGUGGAAAAUUGUAUUCUUUGUUACGUGACCUAACUUUUCCUGACAAGCCUGCAGCAAAAUCUUAUGGAGAACUUGUGACUCUACUAAAUAACCACUUGUCCCCGAAACCCCUUAGUACGGCAGAGCGCUUCCGUUUUGACAAGCGUGAUCAAAAGGAGGGAGAGACGAUAGCUGAGUAUAUAGCUCAACUAAAGAAACUUACCAUUCAUUGUGAUUUUAAUGCAUCGCUGAACGAGAAACUUCGAGACCGAUUAGUUUGUGGUAUGAGACAUGCCCACAUUCAAAAGCGUUUGCUAUCGGAAAAAGACUUAUCUUUCGGAAAAGCAGUGGAAAUCAGUCUUGCAAUGGAAUCAGCUGCCAAGGACGCUACAGAAUUACAGUCAAGGAACAAGACAGAGACCGGGGCAGUAAACAAACUUCAAACACGUGCGACUCCCAGGAAUAAACAUUCUAAGUCGAACGAUUACAGAAAAGAUACGGUGCGAUGUUACAGAUGUAACGGAGGCGGACACACAGCACAAGACUGUCGAUUCAAAGAUACGGUGUGCCAUAACUGCAACAAACGUGGACACAUCAAGAAAGCGUGUCGGUCCAAUCCCAAGAAACCUGUUCGUAAGAAACCGAUUAGAUACGUGGAUGAAUACCAGGAUGAUGGUGGUGAUUGCAUCGCCAGUUUAGAACUAAAUAACCUAUCAAGUAAAGAUAUCAUCUGGAUCAACCUGAAAUUGAAUGGCAUUUCAUCACAGAUGGAAUUGGAUACUGGAUCGGCUGUCUCAGUGAUGGCUGAGGAUGAAUUCCAUAGGAAGUUUGGAAAACAGAAAUUUAGAAAACCAGACAUGAUACUACGAACAUAUUCAGGAGAACACAUUAAACCAGUCGGUUGUGUUAACGUGCAAGUAGAAUACAAUGACAGUAGUUACACAUUGCCAUUGUAUGUGGUUCAAAAAGGAGGACCCGCACUUCUUGGCAGGGAUUGGCUGAGAAAAAUUCCAUUGGACUGGAAAGUGAUUAAAGAAACACAUGCCAUGCACUCUGUGAAGGUGACGAGCAUCAGUGAAAUUCUGGACAAAUACAAAGACGUAUUUAACGAUGAUGUUGGUACUUUGAAGGGUAUCACAGCAAAGCUGUCUCUCAAAGAAAACAAACCCAAGUACGUCAAAGCUAGGACUGUACCAUUUUCAUUGCGAGCAAAAGUUGAGGAGGAACUUGAGAGGUUGGAAGCAGAAGGUACUCUUACGAAAGUUCAACACAGUGAAUGGGCGACCCCGAUUGUACCCGUAUUAAAGAAAAACGGCAGUGUGAGAAUCUGUGGUGAUUUUAAAGUGACAUUAAAUCCAGUACUUAAUGUUGAUCAAUAUCCGCUACCAAAAAUUGAUGACAUUUUUGCCAACAUAAAUGGAGGAUCACAUUUCUCCAAGAUCGACUUGAAACAAGCAUACCUGCAACUUCCAGUGGACGAAGAAUGCAAAGAGCUAUUGACCAUCAACACACACCGUGGGUUAUAUCGCUAUAACCGGAUGGCAUUUGAAAUUGCAUCAGCACCAGCAAUCUGGCAACGAACGAUCGAGCAGAUUUUACAGGGGGUUCCUGGAACACAAUGUAUCCUAGAUGAUAUGGUGAUCACAGGGAAAACAGAUGAAGAGCAUCUACAAAACUUAGAAAAAGUGUUGCAGAGACUUAGUGAAUACGGUUUGCGUGCGAACUUAAACAAGUGUGAAUUUUUCAAAGAGAACAUUACAUUCUGUGGACACGUCAUUGAUAGACAUGGUCUACACAAGACACCAGAAAAGGUUGAUGCUAUUGUCAAGGCACCAUCACCCUCCAACGUGUCGCAGCUUAGGUCCUUUCUUGGAUUGGUGAAUUAUUAUGGGAAAUUCUUACCGGAUUUGGCAACUGUACUUGGACCUUUACACAAGUUGCUGCAGAAGGACUGUCAAUGGAAAUGGACUGAAGCCUGUGAGGAGUCUUUCAACAAGGUCAAGGACUUGGUUGCUUCAGAUAUGGUGUUGACGCACUACAGUCCAGAUCUGCCUAUUUCGUUAGCAUGUGAUGCAUCGCCAUAUGGACUUGGCGCAGUGAUUUCACAUGAGUUACCGGAUGGAACCGAGAAACCAAUUGCAUUUGCUUCUCGUUCUCUUGCGCCUGCAGAGAAGAACUACUCCCAAAUUGAUAAAGAAGCCUUAGGAAUUAUCUGGGGAAUCAAGAAGUUUCACGCUUAUUUGUUUGGAAGAAAAUUCAAGUUGAUCACAGAUCAUCAGCCCUUGAUUCAUAUAUUCAAUCCUCAGAAAGGUGUACCAGUGACUGCAUCAUCACGAUUACAGCGUUAUUCUCUAUUCUUGUCAGCAUACAACUAUGAGAUCGGAUUCAGGAAAACGUCCAAGCAUGCUAAUGCAGAUUCAAUGUCGCGACUACCCUUGGAAAGCACAGAGUCUGACUUAUCCAUAGACUUGGUGGACGCAUUUCACAUUGGACAGAUUGAAUGUCUACCAGUUUCCAGUAGAAGGAUUCAACAGGAAACUCGGAAUGAUGUAAUUCUCGGACGUGUGAUGUCAUGUGUGAAAAGUGACUGGACACCAAAAGAUAAAGAGGGGGAUCUGGCACCAUUUCAUGCACGCAGAAAUGAACUAUGUAUACAUCAUGGAUGUGUGAUGUGGGGUGUGAGAGUGAUCAUACCUGCCAAACUCAGAGACCAAGUGUUAUUCCAAAUACAUGAAGGACAUCUGGGUGUUGUCAAGAUGAAAACUUUAGCCAGAAGUUUCUGUUGGUGGCCAGGCAUUGAUCAGGAUAUUGAGACCGUGGCCAAGAAAUGUCAUGGGUGUCAGCAGAAUCAGAAUGCACCCAAAGGAGCACCAUUGAAUGCAUGGGAGUGGCCCACGAAACCAUGGGAUAGAGUCCACAUAGAUUUCGCCGGACCUUUCAUAGGAUCUAUGUUCCUGAUAAUGGUGGAUGCACAUUCGAAGUGGCCGGAGGUGAUCAAAAUGAGUACGACUACAUCAGCGUCCACAAUUGACGUUUUGAGAACAGUUUUCGCCCGAAACGGACUUCCAGCAACUCUUGUGAGUGACAAUGGGCCGCAAUUUACGUCGAGGGAGUUCGAAGAUUUUGUUGAUGCCAAUGGCAUUAAACACAUCAAAACUUCACCAUAUCACCCAUCCAGUAAUGGACUUGCCGAACGCUUCGUACAAACAUUCAAACAAGCCAUGAAAUGCAGCAGAAGUGACUUGGGUAACAUCAAGAAAAAACUGGCAAACUUUCUGUUAGCUUACAGAAAUAUUCCGCAUUGUACUACCAACGAAACUCCAGCUAUACUGAUGAUGGGGAGAGAGUUGAGAACGAAAAUGCAGCUGAUGAGACCAAAUGUCGAAUCACAUGUUAAACAGAAGCAGCAGGAGAUGUGUGCACAGAGAAGUGCGCAUAACAGAGAAUUUGAACCUGGACAAUCGGUAAUGAUGAGAGAUUAUCGAGGAAAUAACAAAUGGAUUCCUGGAACUAUUGCGCAACGAACAGGACCAGUAUCAUAUCGUGUGCAAGUUGACCCGAUGACUCAAUGGAGGAGACAUGCAGAUCAAAUCGUGGUAUCGCAAGUUCCAAUGAUGACGCCCAGCGUAGAAAUUCCAGAGUCAAAACAGUCAAGUGAACCAAGUGGUACAUACGUGGAUAGUGACGACCAGGAGAUGAAUGUUCCAGAGUACAGAACAUCGCAACCUGUCACACCAGUGAGAACGUCGAAAGUUUCGCAACCGCUUAAGUCCGAUGUCACACCAGUGAGAACAUCGAAAGUUGUUCGUACACCGCGAAAAGCCAUGCCUAUUGCACAGGAGAAACGAUAUCCAGUUCGGAUCCGCAAACCAAAGAUCAUGGAAGAUUUCGUAUACUCUGGUGCUCAGAAGACCAAUACCUGA